CCACUCUACUUCAGUCGAACUACGUACGUAGUAGCAGCAGCAGCAGCAACACAGACAAUUAGUCAUUCAAGUCGAAAAUGAUAUGUACACUCAUUAUACUUUUAACGGCUACGUUAGCGUUGUACUUGUUCUUUACAUACACGUAUUGGAAAAGAAAUAAUAUUCCAACGGCCAAAGGAUGGUACCCGAUCGUUGGUCACAUGCUGCCAGCGAUAACCAUGGAAAAAUCUUCGGCCGUAGUAAUUCAAGAAAUGUACGAGCAGUACAAGGAUAGCAGCAUGGUUGGAUUUUACAAAGGAUUAGUGCCGGCAUUAAUUAUCCGCGACCCGAACUUGGUGAAGUCCGUGUUACAUACUAAUUUCUCGAAUUUUACUAUGAACGGGUUCCAGCUUCAAGAAGACGCGGAUCCCUUGUUAGCUCACAAUAUAAUUUUCGCCCACGGGGAAAAAUGGUUAACUGGAAGGAAGCGAUUAACCAAUGCGUUUACAAGUAGCAAGUUGAAAACUCUUUUCGUGACAGUUAGCGGAGUAUGCAAGAAAUUCCAAGAUUACUUAGAGAGGCGGCUGAGCUCGAACGACAAGUACGAAGUUGAACUGAAGUGUCUGUUCGCGAAAUUUACUGGCGAAGUUACGGCGAACGCUAGUGUGGGCAUCGAUGGGCGCUGUUUCGGGGACGUAGAUGAUCCUUUGGCGUUCGAUCAGAUCGGCCUGGCUCUCUUUCAACCGAAUUUCUUCAGUAGGUUUCUACUUAACAUUGUAACUCUAUUUCCCAGUCUGAAUCGUUUCGCAAAGCUCAAGUUCGUGAACAAGGAAGUCGAACAGUUGUUCAGAACGCUGGUUAAGGAAAAUUUGGAGUACAGGCGAAAGGAAUCAACGCCCAGGCACGACUUUCUCGAAUUAAUGGUGCAACUCGAGAAAGAGGAAGGAAAAGAGCUGCCUUUGGAUCUUAUCGCUGGUUAUGUAUUAUCGUUUUACCUCGACGGAUUCCAAACAUCAAGCACUACUCUCAGUUUCAUUGGAUAUCAACUGGCUACGCAUCAGGAUGUUCAAGAAAGACUACGAGAAGAAGUGAAGACUGUCCUGGAAAAACACGGAGGUGUGUUAACGUACGAAGCGGUGAAAGAGAUGACUUAUAUGGACCAAGUAAUUAGUGAAUCGCAAAGAUAUUACUCGUCAGUGAAUAACAUGUACAAAGUAUGUACAGAAGAGUGCACGUUGGAAGGAUCGGACGGGCUUAAGUGUCGCGUGAAACCUGGCAUCGAAAUUUUCAUAUCCAUUUAUGGACUGCACGAGGACCCGAGGUAUUGGUCCGAUCCGAAGACCUUUGAUCCAGAUCGAUUCAGCGAGGAGAGGAAGCACGAGAUUGACAAAAUGGUAUUCAUCCCAUUCGGCGAGGGACCAAGGAUGUGCGUGGGAAUGAGAAUGGCACUGAUGCAAAUGAAAUGUUGUUUGGCUACCUUGAUCAAAGGCUAUAAAUUGGAACUGUCGCCUAAAACGAAACAGCCUUUCAAACUGCUGUCGUUCGUUUUACUUACAGAAGCAGAAGGCGGACUUUGGGUAUAUCUGUCAAAACUUCGAUAACAGUCAAACAUGUAAUAUUGUAGGAAUUAUGGAUUCUAAUACAUCGCGUGUACGAUGUUUCA